AGUUUUCUUUUCGCAUUGUAAUGUUUUUGUCCCCGUUUAGUGUUCCAUACUUAGUCAGGUUACUCUUCGCUGUAUGACGAUAUGGCGUACAUUUUUGAAGGGAAAACGUCUUGACAGUCCUUUGGUAGCCUACAGGGGCAGCCGCUCCUCCUCCCCAUCGGUCACAACAACAAGCGUACGUGAAAGCUAACGUUGGCUAACGUUUGUUUCAAUUUAAAUCGGACAUCUCUACAAUAUUGUACAUUAUUGAGUGUUGGCCAUUUUGGGUGCUACGUUUCCUUUGGAAAGUUUAGACUUAGUUAGCCUACGUUCGCUUGUUGCUGUUUGCUAGCUAACUAUUUAACGUUAAUGGAGAACCGUCAGGGCUCUAAUGUCACCGUACACAAGCAGCUUCCAUUCACCUGUCCGACAUGUACCAAGCUAACGUUAGUCUCCGCGGGGACGGGGAGACGUCGUAAUGCAUGUUAGGUACGUUAAAAUAUUAAUAAACUGCCUAAUGACAGGAGACGAGCAGUACUCUGCAGCUAACUUAGCUCAUUAGCUAAAGGUCGGUGGUCCAGCUAACCUUGCCUUACCUUGACUAUAAAGUGACUAGCUAACCGACAUUAAUACCACAAAUCAGUGUAGCGUUAGUUGACACUUCAGCUGUUACCAAAUCACAGAUUCUGUGGUAUAUUAACAUAAAAAUGGCAUUAAUACUUAAUCUCAAAUUUCCUUCCUAGCUGUUAUGUAGUUACAUCACCACACUCGAUAGCCCAACAAUGUAACGUUAAUGUCAGUAAACUACAUAUUUGCACAACGUUAAAGUUAGUUAAGUAAAGUAGUUAGGUUGCUCACUAGUUAACACUGCACAACCGGCAUUACUUUGUUCCUUUACAUUGUGGAGAGUAAUUGCCUCAAGUAAAGGGUUGUAGGUUAAAGUUGGUAUGUGGACAGUGCAGUCAGGAGCUAGCUGCCGGGGCUAGUGUGCAUACAAGAAACAGCUGGGUUGUAGACACUAGUCAGCCAUAUUUAGCUAUUUAGUUAUCGAUGAAGCUAGCUAACCUUUCAGCUGCUGGCACAAUGUUAUUCUACCAAAGGGUGAUGGCUGCUGAAAUGGUAUGGUUGCAUACUGCAUGCUUCUUAUCUUGCCCUUUGACGUCUCUAACGGGUAAGGCAUAAUGUCCCAUUGUUGAGUGACGACCGGGCCAGCCAAUCAAAUCGGUGCAGCCUCCAUUUGCUCUUCAAGUCGGUUCCCUAAUCCACUGCUGCCAUAUGAAACACAUGCACUUGACAGCAAGGGUUUGCCUGCCUGUUGCCCACACAGUUAUACUCAACUGCUGGAGUUUGCUUGUUGUUUUGUCAUGGGCACUAAUCCAAGACAUAUUUGGUUUAAUUACUCACAAUUGAAACUAUGCAGCUGUUGUUUUUUGUGAUUGUAGUGGAGGGAAUAAUAAAGUAAACGUAAUAUUAAGUAAAGUGGUGCUUCCUGUUUUAGGAGUAUUUUAAAGCCUUGCUGUCCUUCAGGUGUUUCAAAAUGACGUGGUCAUGACCACUGCUCCUGUCACUCAGUUCUUGUGUUACAUUGCAUUUACUUACUCAUUACACAUGUUUGAGAUACUUUCACAUUAAUGUGAGAGGUCACUUUGUAGUGAGUGUGCUGUAUUUUGAGGAAAAUGCACAUCACCAUGGUUUAAACCCAAGCCUCUAGUGUGUGUGGUCAGUAAUUCUUGUUACCGUGUUUAUCAUGUUUAAAGAGGGCUUACCACCCUGAUGUGUCAUGAGUAUGGCUGCUGUCUGCAUUGUUUACAGAGCUUGUGCUCUCUCAGGAGCCCGUUAACUUGCAGGUUGUGCCGGUGAAGUAAGACGUAGCCCCAAAAUGGACCCUUCCGACUGAGACGCAAACACAUCCUGUGUUUUGCUCAGCAGCUGAGAUCUAUCAGCAGUACAAGCCAUGCCUGACGAGUAAAAUCCCCCUUUUUGCUCAAAGCAAUAAAAAACAAACAAAAAAAUAACAUCCUACAUGCCUCCCCAUGUAGAGCCUCUUCAGUGCGUACUGCUGGAGUGACUGCCCCCUCUUCCCAAGGUUCUGCCUCGUCCUCUCUCUGUACCCUUCUUCACAGACCACCCUACUGUAACUACCCAUCACAAUGCUGCUCCACCUGAGAAUGGCCAACACCUGAGGUCCCAUGCGUCCAGUGAGCACCGAUUCAGACGGUCCUGCUCCUCCUGAAAACCUCUCUUGCCCCUACUCCCUCUUGGGCCCCCUGCCUGCCUCAGAGAUGUCUUUACUCCAGUCGCUGGGUCCAGUACAAAGCUGGCUUGGCCAGGAGCUUGAGAAGUGCGGGAUUGAUGCCAUGAUUUACACCCGCUACGUCCUCAGCCUUCUCCUGCAUGACAGUUAUGACUAUGACCUGCAGGACCAGGAAAAUGACAUCUUCUUGGGCUGGGAGAAGGGAACUGGGAAGAAAUGGGGCAAGAAUAAGAAAAAAGGAGGGACCGACCUGAGUCUUGAGGAAAUGAAGAAGCAAGCCGCUGUGCAAUGCCUCCGCUCUGCAUCUGAUGAAAACUCUGGAAUUGAGAGCCUGGUUGAAGAGCUUUGCUCUAAACUAAAGGAUAUCCAAAACAAACAGAAAGAGGAAAAACAGAUUCAAAAGAAAUCUGAUGGCUGUCAGUCUCCGGACCGAGCUGAGUCCCCCUCUUCAAAGGACCAGGUGGAAAUGUAUUAUGAAGCCUUUCCUCCUUUGUCAGAGAAACCUGUUUGUCUCCAAGAGAUCAUGACGGUGUGGAACAAGGCUAAGGCCUGCGCAUACUCAAGUUCAUCAUCCUCUGCAGCUCCACAGACCAGCACGGACACCUCUUCCCCAAAAGACUGCAACAGUGAAGGUGAGGCUGCAAAGGAGCGAAACCUCGAGGCAUGUGGUACCAUCACUACUGUGACCAACGAGAGAGGCCAGCAACGACGAAGCAAGAAGGAGAAAGAAAACAGAUACUAUGGUGGUGCAGCAGCAGAGGAGAAGUCUACCGUCCACUGUAAGAGACAGAUGAGACACAGAUCUGAAGGCAAAUACAGACCCAGAUCCUGGUCUUCUGGCUCUAGUGAGGCAGGCUCAAGCUCAAGUGGGAACCAGGGUGACUCUAAGUCAUACAGAAGCAAGGCAGUUAGAAUAAGGCACAAAUCCAGGGAGGCUGCAAAGAAUAAGAGAACACGCAACAGCGGGCAGGUGAAGCUGCAGGUGAAGGUAAUUGACAAAGAGUUGCGAAGAAACACAGGAGGGAGCAGUAGCAGUGCCACUGGAGGUGCUGCCAAACAUCCACAGCUUUACAAAAAGGGGAAGAGACCGCUUAAGGAGAUUCGUAAAGAUCCAGGUUGGAAGGAAGCAAAAGAGUCUGUAGUUGAGGCCAGAAACAAAAAGGAAUACAUGGAGGAGCCACUGUGGUACACUGAGCCCAUAACAGAGUAUUUUGUACCUUUCAGCAGCAGACAAAGCAAGCUGGAAACAAAAUAUCGACGCAAGGUACACUCUCCUGAUGGCUUUGCUUUGUCAACUGACAUGGAAAGGGUGCCGGAGAGAAUCCAGGGAGUCUGCAUUGCCAAUGAGAGCUAUCAGAGAACAUACCUAGCAGCAGGCUCAUUUGUGGAUGGGCACUUUGUGGAAGGGCCUGGCGAAGCAGAAGAUGAAACUGCUGAACUCACUGGGACCUCAAGCUGCCCUCAGCCAGAGGAUAGUAGAGAUUUAGAUGACAAGCAUCUGUCUGAAUUCACUCACUUCUAUGAAGUUGAUAUUUAUCAAUCCAUAUUGGAUACUAGUGCCUCAGACUCAAUACAAGAGAGUCGGAUCUUAAGCAUGAUUCGACAGAAAAGCAAAGAGCAAAGAGACAUUGAGGCAGAAUGUUGUUUAGUGUUAGAUGGCCUUGAGCAGCAAGGGGAAAGUGCAAUACGGAAAGACUCACAGGAAGCUUCGGGAUCUGUUGGAUUCUUAAUGGAGGAUCUUGAAAACAUGGCUCAAGUGUGGGGAUGUUAUUCACCAUCUACUUCAGAAGAUAUAGAUGGAGAAAGCUUCGUGGGAGACUCUCCCAUUCGGCUGUCCCCCCUUCUUGAUAGUGUUUCAUUCACCCUAAGCAAACUAUCUGAAAAUCUGGAGGAGCCGCCUGAAGCCACCAACUCAUCCUGCUUCUCUCUUUUUGAGCUGCAGUAUGAUAGCCCCACUUUUCCUUUUCCCCACGACUCACUCACCGUUGGUCACGAAAACAACACAGAUUCUAGUAGCUGUCUCGACCCACAUUCUAAUAAACAGUCUCGUUUGCUAAUAUGGACCAAAAAUAGUGCCUUUGAUGAAACUGAACACUGUUCUAACCUUUCAACACGAACUUGCAGUCCAUGGUCACAUUCAGAGGAGACUCGUUCAGACAACGAGCAAGGAAAUGUUCCUACAGAGGAUGCUGCUCAAACUGGCAACGAAGAGAUUGAUUGUAUAAUCCCUCCUCUCUCUGGUACAUAUCUGGAGGAUGAAAUCUUGGAUUUUUUGCAAGAAAACUCUUGCUGUAAGUGUGAAGAGGUCAGUGUUAAUACAUCAUCCAAUCAGACCUUCACCAAAAAAUCUAAAUUAGAGUCCAUUUGUGGUAUAGCAUUAGAAGAGGAUGAGAGUAAACAGUACAGCACUGGCAUGUUUUUGGAAAACACAAACCAACACAGUGAUGACUACAGCUCAGGGAUAAUAAAGGACAUUUGGACUGCAAUAGGAGAUGACAAAUCUGUAAUGUCAAGGCAAGGAACAGAAAAACCAAGUGAGGGGCUAUUCUCAGAUGAGUCAAGCAGUUACUGCUGCAGCUGUCUGGAGGUACAAGCAAAAGGAGUUCCAAUUCAGGGACCUCAGAAAAAAGCAGUGCAGCGGUCAGAGUAUCACCUUUGGGAAGGCAAGAAAGAAGAACAGGACUUAGCCAAAAACAAACUAGAUGGUGCUGGGGAUUACAUGACUCCGUCCAAGCCCUGGAACUUGAACUCUGACAAGGAGAGUACAUCAUUCAUCCUAGGAGGGGUGUAUGGAGAGUUGAAGACACUAAGUGGUGAUAAGAAUUGGGCUGUUAUGCCACCAAGUGACACCCAAGAUAGCCUGCUACAGUGUGCCGCUGCAGCUGCAUCUGCUUCUAGCUCAGACAUGCUUACCAUCACUGGCACAGAUGUGUUCAUGAACACGGGCAGCUGCUUUGCCCCUGGGCACAGGCCCCUGUGGAGGCCUCUUGUGUCCUUUGGGCAGAGUGACCAGGCCAUUAGAGGAGGCGGAGAUGGAUUGAAUAAGGGAUUUUCUUUCAUCUUCCAUGAAGAUUUGCUUGGAUCUUACGGUGGCUUGCAUAGUGAGGAGCAAGGUUUAGAAUACCCGUUUGCAUCCUUCAACCUGAACAAUCCCUUCUCUCAAGUUCUCCAUGUUGAGUGUUCUUUUGAGCCUGAGGACAUGGCUUCGUUCAGUCCAGGGUUCAAGCCCAAAUCUAUUCUUUGCUCGGACUCUGAGAAUGAAGCCCUCCACCCACGAAUAUAUGGCAUCAACCGUACGCAGUACAGGGCCAUUCGCAUUUCCCCCAGGACUCAUUUCCGACCAAUAUCGGCCUCAGAGUUGUCUCCUGGUGGAGUGAGUGAUUCAGAGGCUGAGACUGACAAAGAGGAGGUGAGUUUUCCCGUCCUGGCGCCAGUGGACGUCUUUGAUGAUCCUCAGGCAGACCUCAAACCUCUGGAGGAGGAUGCAGAAUGUGAGGGCCCUUAUUAUGGGAAGUCAGAACUGGAAUCUGGUAAAUUCUUACCCAGAUUAAAGAAGUCUGGCAUGGAGAAGAGUGCCCAGACCUCUCUGGAUUCACAGGAGGGCUCCAGUACCCUCCUGCCAAUCGCUGAGCAAGAGAUUUGCUUAGACUGCAAAACUGCAGCAGCUGCAUCAACUGCAGGUGGAGAGAAGGACGUCUUAGUCGGCAAGAUUCAAAAGGAGCAAUCUUUAGGAGAAAAACAAUCCUGCUUAAGUGCAACAGCAGGUCAGAUCCCCAAGUAUGGGAUUUCUUUUGACUUUGUUGGAGAUGUGCCAGAGUUCCCUCUGUUAAAUGUAAGUGGACAGGGAGGAACUGGCAACCAGCAAGAUGAGUGCUGGUGGCAGAACACACUCUGUUCCCCCCUUUUCCCUGGAUCUCAGUGUACAGGGAGCAGCAACGUUUGAAUACUCCGGUUUUGCAGAGGACACCUGUCGGAGAGAGGAAACCUUCCUCACCUUUUUGUGACUGGACCUCGACCAGCAAAGAUUCAGGGUCAUCUCAGAGCUAGGAAAUGUAGGCUAAUUUUCUGAGACACCGCUCCAUAACCCCCACACAUAACCCUGCUGGUUUUCAUUUACUAACUUAAAACCUUAUGUAAUCAACAAUCAGAUCAAUGAAAAGUGAGUGAACAUAGGAAAACUCAAAAAAUAUGUUGUCUUUGAGUGAUGCCAUGAUGCAUUUUAGGUAUUUUAGAAUUUGUUUCAUUUGAUUCUUCUGUACACUGGUCCUCAUUCAAGUCUCAUCGUUAGGUUGUAGGGACAAUCUUUUGUUCUAUCCUUGUCAGUUUUGUUAAUUUUGCUUUUGAACUAGGAUACUGGUAGUUGGUGGUGUCUGAAUGGUUGUGCAUGUGUGUCUAGCGUCCAGCCAGUCUUGCUCCUCUUUUUCUAGUUGAACCUAAUGUUGUGUGAAACAACUGCUAUCGCAUCCUGUACCUUCCAUCUUGUGUUCAGAAAGAUAAUACAAGGAUGUUGAGAUUUUUGAGUUGUGUAAGAAUUUGAGUUUAAUUUAGAUAGUUUGGACGACUUUCUGAAUGUGAAGUAGAACACGUGUGCAGCUUUUUUCUAAAUAUCCCUAAAUUCCCCAAAUUCCUCAUGUGUGAAAAGAUAUAAAUGAGUCUGAUUUUUUUGAAUGGUGAUAGUCUUGCAAAAGCUAGUAGUAGACAGUAUGGUUUGUGAGGCUAAAAUAAAUUUAAAAAAUUCCUCUAAAAAUAGAAAACAGGAAUUUAAAAGUUUUGUUUGAAAAAAAAAAAAUCUACUUGAAAUGCAAUGCUAUAAAAUAAUUGAGGUGGGGGGGUUUGGGGUAAAGACCCAUCAUGGAAAGACAUUAACUACAGUCAUUUUUGCAGACACCUGUGUUGCAACUGAAUGAUACUUGGUUUUAUUAUUAUUUUUUUUUUUUGUAAUUUCUAUGGUACAGACUAUUGGUGCUAUAAAUAUGUUCAAAAAUCUUUUGAAGUUGCAGUUCCUCUGAUAAGUAGAUGGCAUAGCCUAGUUUUGUUUGUAUUCCAGACAGUUAGACUAUAUUAAUAUCUUUUUGCGAAAAUUGUGAAAAGAAGAAAAAGGUUUUGCCUGAUUGUGGUUCUUGCUUAAUAUGGUUUAGUUUUUAUUUUAAGGUAACCUUUUAGUUGUCAGGCCUGUAACAUCUGAAGCAGAAAUACUUGCAGGUAUUUGAAUCUCACGUGUCUACACAUCUUUUCAGUUCAUUGUCCCCAGGCAGAUAGGAUAACAUCAACAUUGACUGAUGGUUAAUUUUCCAUGCUGCAACUAAACAAAUAUAUAACAAAACAAGUGGCGGGGUGAUGGUCAAACCAAAAACAUGGCAUAAUUACACUAAGGUACAAAUUUUUUUUUUUUUUUUUUUUUUUUUCAUGUGGUUUAAAUGUAUCUUGUUGAAAUAUUGAGUAAUGUCUCACUGUGCGUGUGGGUGUGUGUGUGUUGGUAAUAGAACUUGUGAAGGCACUGGUUCAGAAUGAGUGUAGUAGAACUUUUAUCUCAGAGAAAUGUGAAUGUAUGCAAUGACAUACAUUCACAAAAAUGCAAAUGCGUUAAUGCCCCCCAAAUUUGAAACACAACUUUGAAGAAAUUAGCUAUAAAACCAUUGAGGUGUGGUUGGACUGGCCCAUCUUGUGACUGUGCUUUGAAAAUUAAAUUGAGUUGAAGCAUCUGCAGAUGAAUGCAUUGUGCAUUUCUUAAUACUUGCCGUUUUUUUUUUUUUAUUAUUUAUUUUUUAAAAUCUAAUUUAGGGUUAUGAGGAAAGUAGCAGGGUGAUGUGAUGUCACAUCAUACCAUGAAACUGAAGCACAGAUAACUAAAAUCAUCCCUCCAUUAAUGGGCAGUUAAAAAUAUCAGCAGUGUGAGCAGACUCGCUGUAAUGCACUGUCGCAGGUGAAGGUGUCUCUAUUGCGGGCAUGGCUUUGGAAAUGGCUUCCUCAUUUAAAAAUGCAAAGAUUAUAUGUAAAGGCCCAAGGUUUGUUCAAUCCAAUGCCACUUCAAUUGAAAAGGAUCCCCCGAGUAGCUGAAUGAAAGGUACUGCAACUUCAGGGUGUUGUCACCUUUUUUUGACAUCAGACACUCAGGAAUUUUUUAAUAUAAGCAUACUGCAUAAUCUACACUCAGACCUGUGACAGUGCAUUGAUGCAUUAAUGUAAAACCUUUCUUUGAUUGUAGGCAAGAAAUUAUUGACAGGAGUUCUGUCCAAGCAAACCACAGAGGCGACUCAUUAAUUUAGAGCUAUAGUUUUAGGGAAGAAAAAUAAUUAAGCCAUUGUAGAUUGCGUAAGCAAUGCGGAGGGGAAUUCAAGAGCCCUGAGUCCUAUGCAACACCUUUGGCACAUGUAAACAUUUAAGAAUAUAUGGAGAAAAGUCAUUCAAUUAAUUUUGCAUGUUGAUUACUUUUGAGUGAGGGACACCUGAGAAAAAAAACAAACAUGGAAUGUCUCUAAAAAUGCAGCAUGUUAACAUCACACUCCAUCUUUUUAUGUCAGAUUAAACAAAAUAUUUUGGUUUAAUAAAAACAAAUGCAGUUAAAUCAGUUAUUGAAACUAUCUUAUGACUGUGCAUGCGUGUAAAUGUGUGUAAGAAGCAAAGUCACAAAAAGCACUUACAUGGGAGUUGAAAGGAAUGCAUCACACCUUUCUCCAUUUAAUUCUUCCAUUUUGAUAGGCUGUGUUUAUAAAAAAAAAAGCGAAGAAAAUGCAUUCAGUAAGGGUAUAUGCAUUUGGAAGACACCGAAAGGGUUGAUGAGUUUCGAUUGCACUGUGGUCUGAAGAACAUAUCCAGCACUGAAAACUUAAGUUUUCCUCGUCUUUUCAUUCCCACCUAGAUCCCCCCCAAUGUUCCGAAAUCCCUUCUGUCCCAAGUAGCUCUGUUCUAAUUUCAUGUACACCCUGAGUAAAUUAUUUUGUUUCAUUGUGGAUUUUCUUAACAUCUAAUAAAGGAAUAAACCAAACCUCA